AUAGACGCCCUGAAAGGCAAGCUAGAGUUCGACAAGCAACAUCAACCUCACGACGUCUUCAACGCCACCAUGGCCAAAGUGGAGGAUAUCCUAACGCGUUACGUCGAAGUAUUUGAUGACGUCACUUUACUUGACGAGAAGACGCUAAAGGCUGACGUCAAUAAGAGCAUCGCUGAAAUCGAACGAAUUGUUGGCAAUGCUGCUUUUGACGCGUUUAAACCCAAGGGUGCCUCCGAGACUGUAGACAUAGAGAAGCGCAAAGCGGACCCGGCAACCAAGAAACUAGGAAAAGAUGCCAGGGCUGUGCAAAUUCCUUUUACCAAGACUCUGCCGGAAGUACAUAAACUUACAGUAGUUCCUAGCCUCGAACAGGAGCCUCUGCAUGUGUGCAAGAAACACGUGGAUGACACGUUGACGGAGCAGACGUUCCAGCGUCUGGGCGGUCAGUUCCGGUCCGUUGGUGCUGUCGUCUGUAAGAACAUGGCGUGGACAGCGUUCCGCGUGGGAUCAUCUUACGUCAUGACGACGGCCCAUGCGGUGCGAGAUAUAGUUGACCCGGAUCGAAAAGGUAACUCUGAUUGGUCGGUCCUAGAAGACACCGGUGUGUAUCUGACCUUCGACUCCCCACUGAAGCCGGACUGCAUCAAGUUUCGACUGAACUCCCAGGUGUGUUACCUGGACGAUGACCUCAACGUGGCCGUGCUGGAGGUGCUCGACUCACCGGAAUCUUUCCCUCCGCCGGUGGUCCUCAGCCGGAAGCACCUGCCGUCUCAAGACGUCACGGACGUCGCUGUCAUUGGUUACGGGCACGGGAAGUCGCAGAGUAAGCACCUUGAUAUACAGUGCGACCUGGUGAAGCCGAUUUCAGAGCGGGCGAAUGAGGCGCUAAGAUGGCUGAAACGCGAGGAGAGGAAGCAACGCUGUAGCCUGCACGUAAAAGGGAAAGACGCGAGUCUGGUCACGUGGCACUACAACGAGAUGAAGGACCCAACGCGCGUUGCCAUAGAUUGCUGUAUGGAGUACAGAGCGCACGGCGCACCCGUGUUCUGCAAUACAGGUCCGUCUGGUGUAGAGGUUUUGGCCAUCCUUACUUCUAGUUCGCCGGAAUGUUUCAGCGAAAUGCCCCGAUCCGUCCAAGAGCACCACAAGGAAUACCGAUUUGAAAUCGCCACUUUGACGUCAGCAAUAUACACAAAACUCGCGCACGAAACUAGAUUCCUUGCAGAAGAUAUUUUUAUACGCGACAAAAAUUACUACGACUACUCCAAAUAUGAAGUGGAAACAACAUUUUCGUCGACUGACGGUUCAAGAACAAUGUCUGAUGUAACUGAAUAUCUAGGGACACCAGUAAGUGGAACAGCAGAUAGAACAAUGACGUCAUCGACUAUACGAACCGCUUCCACGAUUGAAAACAAAUAGGAUAAUAAGAUGAUGAAGAAGAAGAAGAGGGACAAGAAAAGGAAAAAUAACAAAAAGAAGAAAAAGAACAAUAAGAAGA